AUGGACUAUAUUUGCGUUGUGCCUCGCGCUCGCUUGAUGACGACAGCUAAGGUUCUUAGGUCCGUUAUCGCCAACAAGCCACUGGUGACUGCGGAUUGGCUCUCUGCUUCCAAGAAAGCAGAUGCUGUACUUGAUAUCGGAGACUACAUCCACGAAGACUUCAUCGCCACAGACAGGAGUUCACUGUUCGCAGGAAGGAUUCUUUUCUUCACCAGCGCACCGAAGACCAGUUUUGGCGCGGACUGGGACGAAAUAGUUCAGUUCGCGAAGAAAGUGGGCGCUACAUCUGUUGAGAGCGGAUCUGCCACGACUGGACAUGAUAUCACACCAAAAGAACGAGUCCUCCUUCUCGGCGUCGACAAGGCAGACAAAGACGUUAAAGCUCUCAUCUGGGAUCACGAGCGAGUGGUGUACAUGAAGACAAUGUUGGCCCGAACAAUCCUUGCAGCAGCCUUCGCACCUGAAGCCUCGCGCAUCACUCUGGACACUUGA